UCAGUAUCGACUCCGAAUAAAAUAUUUAUUUCUUUACCGAAAAAUGAAAAUAGUAGGAUUUUGUGGCAGAAAGCUAUGCGGAGGAAAGAAUUUGUUUGCAGUAAGGGGUCAAAGCAUUGCUGUGAAGAUCAUUUUAAUCUAAAGGAAGAUAUGGAGAAUUAUAUGUAUUAUAAAACAAUGAAAGGAAGUGUAAUAAAACUAAAACCAGGGGUUAUUCCUCAUAUAUUUGAGUGUCAGAAAAACAGAAAGUCGACAGAGGUAGUUAAAGUCCAAUCAGUGAUUUUAAAAAAACAAAAUAAGAGCAUCAUUGAGGAUAUAUUAGGAGAUUCUUACACGACGGAAAAUAUACAUCACGAAAAAUGUAUUCAAGUUAAUAUCAAACCGUAUGUCCGAUCUAAAUCCAUUCAGUGUUCUUUUCCACGCCUAUGCAAUGAAAAUAAUUUUGAAAAGCUCCCCCGAAAAAGAACCAAGUUUUCAAAGAAAUUAAAAGUAAGCCACAAUGGGUCAUCCAAUGAGUCUUCAAAUAAUAGUCGAAGUACUACUGGCACAUACACGUCGUCGCAUACAUCCACAAGUACAGAGUCUAGUAUGUUGGAUACCUUUGUACAAAAAUUGAAAUGAACACAUAUUUUUCACUUAUCCACAAAUACAGAUUUAAACAAAAAAUUAACUAACAAUAACAAACAAUACUGCUGCAACCGUACAUUGAACUCAAUUAAUUGUCUAGCAAAUAACUCUUCGACUGCUCCCGACUUGAUCGCCGAGUGGCCGGUAUCGUGACGUCAUU